AUUCAGGAGACUAUUUAAUUGGGAGCUGACUUGUCAAACUCACCCAUUGACGCUUACCAGUAGCUGCUAACCACUAACUGAUUUUUUUUCCUCCCUUCCUCCUCCUUUGGACAAGCUCCCUACAAUGAAUAUGCUGCUGAGUCUCAUUGCUCUGCUGUCUGCUGCCCUGCUAUCCAGAGCAGCCCCUCCAACUUGCUACUCAAGGGUGUUGUCUCUGAGCAAAGAAAUCACGGAGUCCUUUAAGGAGUUACAGACCUCCAAAGCUGUGGACUCCUGUGUGGAGAUGUUGCCCAGGCUGUACUUGGACAUCCAUAAUUACUGUGUGCUGGCAAAACUACGUGAAUUUGUGGCCUACCCCAGAUGUGAGAGAGUGCUUGAAGUGAGUGAGCUGAAGGAAAAAGCCCGGAGCCUGUACACCAUCAUGAUCUCCUACUGCAGAAGGGACUUGGUAUUCCUCACCGAUGACUGUAACGCUCUGGAAAAUCCUAUUCUGCCUCCCAUUGAGCCCUCCAUCAUUGAGAGCUAAAAGGGAUUCAAUCUGAAAGUUGUACCUGGGAAAUUUUUGAGGAGACCAAGAGACAAAAUAUGUACACAGUCAACUACAAUGUUAAGAACCAAGAGCUUUUUCAAGCACACCAGCAAUAUUAUCACAGACCUACCCAUUUUUCUGUACUUUGGCAGGAAAUGAACUGCAUGCCUUGCAUACCUACUGAGCUGCUAGGGGAAAUACUGUUAGAGAGCAUUUCUUCAUUUGGCAAGGUAUGAUAUUUCAGCUUAGCCAAAUGUAUAUAGUAUGUUUUGUUUAAACAUUAGUCACUUGAUUUUUUUUUUUUACUUUUUUAUUAAUAACUACUUUCAUAUAAAGAAAAUACAUUACGAUCAAUAUUCUACCCUGAUUUAGCAGUUCUUUUAUUAGAUGGACAUAGAAGGGACUAUGUUUUUUUCUUAAAUGUUUGAUAGGAGAAGUGUAACUGUGUACUGGAAGAUGUCUCUCUACCUGUAUAGCUCAUACAUAUAUGCUGAUAGUUUUGAUGUGAAACUUGUAAGACUAGAGGUGAAAAGAACUUGUCUCUGUGGAAAACUAAAUA